AUGGUUGCGCCCGCCGUAUCGAGCGCUUUUAUACGCGGGCUCUACUGCCGCUCCUUGAUUCAUCUAUAUACUCCUGAUGGGGAGAAAUACAAACCGACCAUUACUCCAACACCGGGAUUCUCACCGACCGCUGAUGCUGAGCAUCUGAAGCGUGCAAUGCGAGGGAUCGGCACAAAUGAAGCUGAAAUUAUCGAGAUUCUUGGAGGUCGAACUUCAGCUGAAAGAAUGGCCAUUCGCGAAGCUUAUACAUCGAUUUCGAGCAAAACUCUGCAUGAUGCUCUAAAGAGUGAACUGAGUGGCCACUUUCGAGAGCUUGUCUUGUUGUUAAUCCAAUCACCGUGGCAGGUGAUGGCAGAGGCUCUUUACAAGGCAAUGAAGGGGGCUGGCACUAAGGAACGCGUGCUUAAUGAAAUCAUUGCCGGUUGCUCAAAGGAGGACAUCCCCCAUUUGAAAGAGGCCUUUGAGGAAGUGAGCGGAGGAGAAAACCUUGAGGAUGCGAUCAAGGGCGACACAAGCGGCGACUACUGCGCAGCGCUUUUGUUAGCACUCUCAGGCCAGUGUGAUGAACCUCAGGCGAUGCAACUCAAAUGUUUAACACCCUGCACACUCAAUCAGGUCGUGAACCCCGGUCUUGCCGAAAGUGAUGCGAAGGAGCUGUACGCUUGUGGUGAAGGGCGACCAGGCACGGCGGAGAGUCGUUUCAUGCGUCCCAUCAUUAACCGAUCAUUCCUUCAAAUGCGCCUAACGGACGAGGCCUACACUCGGGCAUACGGUCACCCAUUGAUUGAUGCAAUAAAAAAGGAGACUUCGGGAGACUUUGAACACUUUCUCGUGACUAGAGUUCGAUACGCCAUUGAUCGUGCUGCUCUCUUUGCCGAACUUCUUCAUUUUGCCAUCAGUGGACCGGGUACAAGGGAUUCCACCUUGCAACGCAUUUUAGCCCUAAGGGCUGACACCGAUUUGGGAACCAUCAAGGAGAAGUACGAGGAGCUCUAUGGUGAAACCUUAGAAGCGGCGAUCAAGGGUGAUACUUCUGGAGACUAUAGGGCUCUUUGCUUAAAACUCCUCGGCUGCACAUAA